AUAAGUAACGUGUGUGUUCUAAUUCUUCUUGCUUCUUGUUAUUUCACUACCAAUAUAAUUAUCAUAAACAUGUUUGGAUUAAAUACACAACUAUUCAACUUGUUUUUUCUUCUACUUUUAUCUUUGGAACUGUUUUCAUAUUCAGUUCAAUCUAUGAGAUUUGAUUUACCAUAUGGUAAAGGUAAAUUAGCUGGAAGAUGCUUCUCCGAACACAUAAAAAAGAGUACAAUGGUAGUUGGCAAUUACUCCAUUGUCAAUCCAAAUGAAGGUCACCCUUUGCCAGCAAACCACACUAUUAUUGCUCAGGUGUCGACACAUGGAGGUAGGGCCAAAUAUCAUGUUGCAGAACGUGUUCAAGCAGGGCAAUUUGCAUUUGUGGCAUAUGAAAGUGGUGACUACCAAAUAUGUUUCAUUGAUACAACUGAAGAUCGACAAGUAACACUCUCUAUUGAUUUUGAUUGGAGAACUGGAUUGCCAGCCGUAGAUCGCUCCAAUAUUGCAAAGAAAAGCCACGUUGAUAAAAUGGUACAAGAGGUACAAAUUAUGCAUGAAAUUGCCUUGGCCAUUAAGGAGGAGAUGUCUUAUCUUCUUCAACGAAAUAGAGAAAUGUUAGAGAUCAACUGGGUAAUCGACAAUAGAAUGUUCAUGUUGAUUUUCGUCUCAUUUUUUGUUAGCUUCUCAGUAGCAGGGUUACAACUAUGGCACUUGAAGAGCUUUUUUCAAAAAAAUAAAAUCUUAUAAUUUUUUUUUUGUUAUUGUUUAAUUGUACACCUUAAUUUUCUUAUGUGCUUUGUAAAAUAAACUUGUGUCAGUUUCUAGGAUACACAUAAUGCAACUUGUAUCAGACUGAAGGGGAUACACAUAUAUGCUUGAUGUAACUAAUGAAUAUGUUCACAUAUCACAUGAUCCAAAUCUACCUUUUGCCUAAUGAAAUGAUAACAAAUUUCAUCCUCCA